ACCCACGUUUCCAUUAGUUGUUUCGAGUUUCAUGUUCGUCUACAGAUCCGGACGUGAAUGUAUCUACACUGACCCGAUAUAGAUCCGACCCAUUUGAUGCCCUAGUUUUGCUGUUGGAGAAUGCGAUUAUGCGACCGGAGAGAGAGAGAGAUGGGAAUGCGACCGAGGGUUUGAGUUUACCUGUGAGAAGGAGAAUGAUGGAGGAGGAAUCGAUUGCAUCGAUUGGGGCCUUCCAGUUCCCGGUUUUAAUUUUGGCUGGCACUUUUGCACGCUUGGAUAGAAAUUUCCUUCAUUACAAGAAUUAAGAGGGUUUUAAUUUUCACUUCCAAUGCUAUUACGUGGAAACGAAGUGAUGUCUGAAGAAGCUAGGCAGAUGAUAGAGGCUUAUAAUGAUCCUUCAGACCAGAGAUCUUUGUCUUUGGAUGAUACCAGUAGCACUGAAGAAUCACCAGAGAACACCCGACUGUCAUUAGAAACUUCAAAUGAUGCAAUUCCUUACAUUGGGCAAAGAUUUCUAACUCACGAUGCUGCAUAUGAGUUCUACAGUGAGUUUGCAAAAAGAUGCGGAUUCUCGAUCAGACGGCAUCGGACAGAAGGAAAAGAUGGAGUUGGUAAAGGACUGACAAGAAGGUACUUUGUGUGCCAUCGUGCUGGCAACACUCCAAUCAAGGCAUCAAAUGAGAGUAAACCACAGAGAAACCGCAAGUCAUCAAGAUGUGGUUGCCAAGCGUACUUAAGAAUCAGCAAGACUAUGGAAUUAGGGGUUCCAGAAUGGCGUGUUACAGGCUUUGCAAAUCACCACAACCAUGAGCUCUUGGAACCAAACCAAGUUCGCUUCCUACCAGCAUACCGGACAAUAUCAGAGAGUGACAAGAACCGUAUCUUCAUGUUUGCCAAAACUGGCAUCUCUGUACAACAAAUGAUGAAGCUCAUGGAGCUUGAGAAGCGUGUGGAGCCUGGAUACUUGCCAUUCACUGAGAAAGAUGUGAGAAAUCUACUUCAGUCAUUCAGAAAGGUAGAUCAAGAAGAUGACAGUAUUGAUCUCCUAAGGAUGUGCAGGAACAUCCAGGACAAAGAUUCCAACUUUAAAUAUGAGUACACAAUUGAUGCAAACAACAGAUUAGAGAACAUUGCUUGGUCUUAUGCUUCAUCAGUCCAAUCAUAUGAGAUCUUUGGUGAUGCUGUUGUGUUUGAUACAACUCAUCGUUUAACUGCCUUUGAUAUGCCACUUGGGAUAUGGGUUGGCAUGAAUAAUUAUGGCAUGCCUUGCUUCUUUGGUUGUGUACUCCUACGAGAGGAGAAUAUGCGGUCCUUCUCGUGGGCAUUGAAGGCAUUCUUGAGGUUUAUGAAUGAGAAGCCUCCACAGACAAUCCUUACUGACCAGAAUAUGUGUCUCAAAGAGGCGAUAGCUGUUGAAAUGCCGAAUACUAAACAUGCACUUUGCAUUUGGCUUAUUGUGGCAAAGUUCCCUUCCUGGUUUAAUGCUGUUCUUGGGGAACGCUACAAUGAAUGGAAGGCCGAGUUUUAUCGGCUGUAUAAUCUUGAAUCGAUAGAGGAGUUUGAACUAGGCUGGAGAGACAUGAUGAACUCUUUUGGGCUUCACACAAAUAGACACAUUGCGAAUUUGUUUUCUUUACGAACCCUUUGGGCAUUACCCUAUUUGAGAAGCAAUUUUUUUGCGGGAAUGACUACAACUGGCCAAUCCAAGUCAAUCAAUGCUUUCAUCCAACGGUUCUUGAGCGCACAAACUCGGCUAGCACACUUUGUCGAACAAGUAGCGGUUGCUGUUGAUUUCAAAGAUCAAGCAGGAGAGCAGCAAACAAUGCAACAAAAUCUUCAAAAUAUUUGCCUCAAGACAGGGGCCCCAAUGGAAUCCCAUGCAGCUACAGUACUCACACCUUAUGCCUUCUGUAAACUCCAGGAAGAACUUGUCUUGGCUGCACAUUAUGCUUCAUUUCAGAUGGAUGAUGGAUCUUUCCAUGUGAGACACCACACCAAGUUGGAAGGAGGCCGGAAAGUGAUUUGGAUCCCUCGAGAAGGUAUCAUAACCUGUAGCUGCCAUCAGUUUGAGUUCUCGGGGAUCCUAUGCCGUCAUGCGCUUCGGGUCCUCUCAACAGGGAACUGUUUUCAAAUCCCAGAACGGUAUCUACCUCUCCGUUGGCGUCGAAUCAACACAUCACCCACAAAACUCCUCCAGACUACCCCGAAUGAUCAUGCUGAACGUGUUCAGGCACUGCAGUCUAUGGUGUCAACUCUUAUUACAGAAUCAGCCAAGUCAAGGGAGCGGUUAGACAUGGCAACUGAGCAAAUUUCUAUCCUCUUAGCUCGCAUAAGGGAGCAACCUGUUUUGGCACAAGGUGCAAAAGACCUUACCAUCCACAAGACCCAUUAACUUAUUUUGCAGAACGUGGAAGAUAUUACUAAAACACUUUACUCCCUACGGUGAACAGAGGAAGCUUGUGAAAAAGAGCCCAUAAAAGAGGAGAGGAGGAAUUUGUCAUCCAAAAGAGGUUGAGUAAUGUGGAUCAGAUGUGAUGUUGUAAAGCUAGGUCGGGGGGAUUGGUUUGUUAUUGUAAGGGGUAGGCAUGGAUUAGACCUACUAGAUGUUCUGACAACAAGAAAAAAAAAAGAGAAAUAUGCCAAAUUUGUCUGAGAAGAACCUGACUAGGUGGCCCCUAAUCCCUAUUCAAAGCAAUUAUAUUAAUUUCUUUUGGACAGUGUAUAUUACACGUCAAAAAAGCUGUGGUUAGAUGAUCAUGUAUUAUGGUCGGGCCGCCUUUUCAAGCAUGGGUGGAAUUUUAUCCUCCCAAUUUAAUGGUUUUUUUGGAUGUUGCUUGACUGGGUUUAUGGCCUUACAGCAGUCACCCAUGCAAAAUAGGGCUAUAGACAAAGCAAGUCGAGAAACAUUUCCCAGAUUGGCUCGGGCUCAGAAACAAUCAAUCUGUUGAAUUCUUGCUUCUAACGAUUCCAAAGUUAUUAAGAUCAGAGUUAUCGGA